AUGCCAGCUAUUGGAAUUGAUCUUGGUACAACCUACUCUUGCGUUGGUGUUUGGCAACAUGGAAAUGUGGAGAUCAUCGCAAAUGACCAGGGCAACCGAACAACACCAUCGUACGUCGCAUUUACGGACACGGAGCGUCUGAUCGGCGAUGCUGCUAAGAACCAAGUAGCUUUGAACCCUAGCAACACAGUGUUCGAUGCGAAAAGGCUGAUCGGCCGUAAAUUCGACGAUCCCAAAAUUCAACAGGACAUGAAACAUUGGCCUUUUAAAGUUAUCAAUGACUGCGGUAAGCCUAAGAUCCAGGUUGAAUUCAAGGGCGAAACAAAACGAUUUGCCCCAGAAGAAGUCAGCAGCAUGGUUUUGGUGAAAAUGAAGGAGACAGCUGAGGCCUACCUUGGAUCAUCAGUGCGAGAUGCCGUUGUCACAGUGCCCGCCUAUUUCAAUGAUUCACAGCGUCAGGCGACCAAGGAUGCUGGGGUUAUUGCUGGAAUAAAUGUUUUACGUAUCAUAAACGAGCCCACUGCCGCUGCUCUGGCAUAUGGCCUAGACAAAAAUCUAAAGGGCGAACGCAAUGUCCUUAUUUUCGAUCUUGGUGGCGGCACAUUUGACGUUUCCAUUUUGACGAUCGACGAGGGUUCGCUUUUUGAAGUGAAGGCCACAGCCGGAGACACACACCUUGGAGGUGAAGACUUUGACAACAGGCUCGUUAACCACCUAGCGGAGGAGUUCCAACGAAAAUACAAGAAAGAUUUGCGCACGAACCCACGCGCAUUGCGACGCCUCCGCACCGCCGCAGAGCGGGCCAAGCGCACUUUAUCAUCUAGCACCGAGGCCACGGUUGAAAUCGACGCGCUAUACGAAGGUAUUGAUUUCUACACUCGCGUAUCUCGGGCUCGGUUCGAAGAAUUAAACGCUGAUCUAUUCCGGGGCACCCUCGAACCAGUGGAAAAAGCAUUAAAAGAUGCUAAGAUGGAUAAGAGCCAAAUACAUGACGUGGUUCUCGUCGGAGGGUCCACUCGUAUUCCUAAGGUACAAUCCCUGCUACAAAACUUCUUCUGUGGUAAGAAACUUAACCUUUCCAUCAACCCCGACGAGGCUGUAGCAUAUGGAGCGGCGGUCCAGGCAGCUAUUUUGAGCGGCGAAACUCACUCUAAGAUCCAGGAUGUGUUAUUGGUAGAUGUAGCGCCGCUGUCACUUGGCAUAGAAACUGCUGGAGGAGUCAUGACCAAGAUAAUUGAACGUAACUGCAAAAUCCCGUGCAAGCAAUCGCAGACAUUCACCACCUAUUCUGACAACCAGCCUGCUGUAACUAUCCAAGUGUAUGAAGGUGAACGAGCAAUGACAAAAGACAACAAUCUCCUUGGUACUUUCGAUCUGACAGGCAUACCACCUGCACCGCGGGGCGUGCCUAAAAUCGACGUCACAUUCGACAUGGACGCCAACGGUAUUCUUAAUGUCUCGGCAAAGGAAAACAGUACUGGUCGUAGUAAAAAUAUCGUGAUAAAGAAUGAUAAGGGACGUUUGUCACAGGCUGAGAUUGACAGAAUGCUGGCAGAGGCUGAACGAUACAAGGAAGAGGAUGAUAAGCAGAGGGAGAGGGUGGCCGCUCGUAACCAACUGGAGACAUAUGUCUUCAGCGUGCGACAGGCGCUAGAUGAUGCUGGAGCGAAGUUACCAGACCAAGACAAAGAUUCUGCACGAUCACAAUGCGACGAAGCGAUAAAGUGGUUAGAGAACAACACUUUGGCCGAGAAGGAGGAAUACGAGCAUAAGUUGAAGGAGCUCCAGAGAGUUUGCUCACCCAUUAUGAGUAAGCUACAUGGUGCUGGUGGUGCCGCCCCUGGAAGCCAAUCAAAUGGACCCACCGUAGAGGAAGUGGAUUAA